GUGUCGAGAAUCUUGUCCCGGCUUGGCGAGAGUGAAGCGUUCGAAUAAUCGAUCGCACGUUGAGGUUAUGUUGCGUUUCGUGACUAAAAAAUCGAUCUUUCAUUCGCUCCUCGGAUUACUUAUCUAAGCAUACUCGGGUCAUCAAAGUAUUUAGGGUAUCUAGAGUUUAGGGUAUUUUGUACUUCAGAGUUGCUCAGUCUGACUCUGAAACGUCCCUAUAAUUGCCGGGUCAUAUGCCACUCCAUUUACUCAUACCUGCUGAAUUAUUCAACUGCAUCAUGCUAACGUACAUCCAUUGCUAUCGCCUAACAUGAUGUCGGUAAUUGCGCUUCAUGGAUAUGAUUAGAAACGUGGGUUUUCGUACUGUCAAGUUAUAUAAACACAGACACUCUUCUAUAUGCAAACGAGUGAAACAAGUGACUGAUAAAAUAGAAAUAUUUCCUGGUACAACUGUGUGUUCGAUUUCUAACGACCGAUACGGUUUCGCGUGUAGUAAUCCCGCCAAAAGUGACAUGGAUGUGUUCAAAUUCACAGACUAUGAUUGUAUCGGUUUCGACCUGGAUAACACGUUGCUGCGUUAUAAUGUCACGAAUCUGGUGUGUAUAGAGUAUGAGAUGCUAGCCAGAUUCCUGGUCGAAAUACGGGGAUAUAACAGGAAUCUGCUAAAACCACUGACAGAUGAUGACUUGGACUUCAUGCAGAAAGGGUUAUUGCUGGACUUGGAAAGGGGAAACUUGCUCAGGAUGAGUCCAGAUGGUGUUAUUCGCAGAGCAUGCCAUGGUACGUGUUUGCUAAACAUGGAUCAAAUAAGAGAGAUAUAUCCUGAACAGAAAUCAGAGAUCACUGAUAUCUUCUGCCACGACGUAAUGGCAACUUGGGGUGGUCCUCUGUCAGAGAAAGUCAGGAGUUUGCUGGAUUAUUUCGAUAUAGUGGCGAGUCUCGCGUUUGCACGAAUUGUAGAUGCACUCGACGAAGAACACGGAUCAUCCUUGGACAGAUACAAUGUCUGGCCUGACAUAUUGGCUGGGCUGUUCUACAUGUUUUCUAGAGAGCACUUUCAAUCGAGCAAGGGAAUCUUUGGACACAUUAAGAGAAACCCGGAGAAAUAUCUACUUAAAUGUAGCUCGAACACCAUCUCGUGGUUGAAAGAAAUAAAGAAAAUGUCCGCGACCUUUCUUCUUACCGGAUCAAACGCGGAUUAUGUAAAUUUUACUGCGAGUUACGCUCUCGGAGAGGACUGGCAAUCACUUUUCGAUAUUGUAAUAUGUUUCGCGAAGAAGCCAGGAUUUUUUAUUAAUAAUCGACCAUUUUUCGAUGUUAUAAAUAAUAACGAAACCAAUACCCCGAGUCAAGAUUUAAAACGAGGUGAAAUGUACAGUCAAGGAAACUGGAAUAAACUAUUGGAAUUUCUCGCUCAUAUAACAGGGAAAACUAAUCAGCAAUGUUUAUACGGAUUAUCCCAGCUAUCAAGCAACAAUUAAAUCGAUUAAGCCGACCUGCUUGGAAAGAUAAGAAACGCACUUU